UCGAGUGGAAAGGAGACCAACCAACCAAAAAAAUGCCAAAUGCCAACGUUUAAUUUGAUAGAUUUGAUUUGAUUGAUCAUUGAUUGUGAAUGAAAUGUUUUGUGUGUGUUUGAUUAUUGAUUAGGAUUUUGUCUAUAAUUUGGAUUUUAAUCCUAAAUUUGAGGGCAAUAUUUAAAUUCCACUAACAUUAUAUACCUACUUACGUUUGGGUUUUUGCGUCCUGAAAACCUAAGUUUGAAAAGAAAAAACUGCUGAAGGAAGGUUGAUUUUACUACAAAACAAUAAACUGAGGUCUCAAUCAUGGCAUUUGCUGGGCUUAAGAAACAAAUCAACAAAGCUAAUCAAUAUGUCACAGAGAAGAUGGGCGGUGCCGAGGGCACGAAGCUCGAUCUGGAUUUCGUGGAAAUGGAAAGAAAAACAGACGUCACGUGCGAGCUAGUGGAGGAGUUGCAGACAAAGACAAAAGAGUUCCUGCAACCAAACCCGACAGCGCGAGCCAAGAUGGCGGCCGUAAAGGGAAUCAGCAAGCUGAGCGGGCAGGCCAAGAGUAACACGUACCCGCAGCCAGAAGGCGUGCUUGGCGACUGCAUGCUGCACUACGGGAAGAAACUUGGGGAGGACACCAUAUUCUCGCAAUGCCUGAUCGAGAUGGGCGAGUCGCUGAAGCAGAUGGCCGACGUCAAGUACUCCCUGGACGACAACAUCAAGCAGAGCUUCCUGGAGCCGCUGCAUCAUCUGCAGACCAAAGACCUCAAGGAAGUUAUGCAUCACCGAAAGAAACUACAGGGGCGUAGACUCGAUUUCGACUGCAAACGGCGUCGACAAGCAAAAGGCCCCGGUAGGGCCAGCCCUUACAUGAGUCCAAGUCACGCUCCGAGGCAGGACGAUGAGAUUCGGCAGGCGGAGGAUAAGUUUGCAGAGUCGCUGACACUUGCCCAGAUUGGCAUGUUCAACUUACUCGACAAUGAUGUGGAGCAGGUGGCUCAACUUAGCUUCUUCGCGGAAGGUCUCCUAGAAUACCACCAACAGUGCACGGAAAUCCUCAAAGGGCUAGUUUCCACGCUUAUGGAGAAGAAAGAGGAAGCCGUCAACCGUCCCAAGCUGGAGUUCGUACCGAAGACGCUAGCCGACCUUCACAUCGAGGGUAUCCACGACUUGAACAAUGGUAGGCGGUACGGUUCCACCCAGAGUCUGUCCCUUCCCCGCAAGCCCCUGCCCCCCUCCUCUUCCGUCGGCGACCUCAGUAACAUUGACCCUUUCAAGGCCUGGGAAGCCCCGACGCCGCCCAAGCCCCGCGGCUUCGGGCACCCGCCCGGUCCAGGGUUCAAGCCUCAUCCAGCGCCGAGGAACCAUGUCAAUGGACGGGACCCGUGGGCAGCGUCGCCGUUGCCGUCGCCGAUCAAGUCGCCGGCGCGGACGCCGGUCGCGCCCGCCAAGGGCCCGUGCUGCACCGCACUGUACGACUUCGAGCCUGAGAACCAGGGAGAACUAGGAUUCAAGGAAAACGACGUGAUCACCCUGAUCAACAAAGUGGACGACAAUUGGUUCGAGGGCUCCAUCAACGGCAAGACGGGCUACUUCCCCAUCAGCUACGUGCAGGUCACCGUGCCUCUACCCAACAUGUAAACCCCAGGACUCGACCACCACGAUCGUAUUCAUCCCUUAGAAUCUGCGCGAGUUGAAUGCAGCUGUGAGGUAUUUAUAUAUUAGGCGUUAUUGAUAAAACAGCACAGAGUUAAAAAGAGGGAUACAAAAUGGCGAAUUAAGUAAAUACGCAUGAAACAAAAUAUGACUCAAAACGCAGUGGUCAGCCAUUGUGUUCUGAGUUUAUCUAUUAACCAUAAUAUGCAUUUGUACUAUGUUUAAAAUAAUAAACAUUUCAUUUCUGUCAUUCAUCGGAUGUCAGCUGUUGCCCUGUUUUUUUAUACAUUAAAUUUUUCUUCACAUGUUACUCAGGCAUCGCAAGAAAUCUGAGGCCUCACACAUCUGAUAUCAAUUUACCAAUUAUAUGAACCUUGAAACAUAUUUCGGCAUCAGUGUAAUGCGUCGCAUCCGGUGCAGUGCACCAACCCAAAAGGCUGCACGCAACUCGCUCGCCUUACUGUAACUAUCCAUUGUUGAGGAAGUAAGAUCAGUCCACUGUUGAAAUAUGUUCCGUACUAUGUGUUUUACGGACACCCACCACAUAUUAACUGAAAUUGAAUUUCUUUUUAUUUUUACAGUUUUUAUACUAAAGUUAUGUAAAUACGUUAUGUAAUUUAUAUUUAAUUGCCAUAUCAUGAGCCCCUUGUUCAUACAUAAGGAAGGCCACGGAAUUAUGACCAUAAAAAUGGCUGAUGAAUGAUGAAUUUAUUAAAACAUAUAAAAAUGUUCUUAUUGAGUGUUAUGAUUAAUUUUUCAAGUGUAUUUUCGGUAGCCAAUAUCUACUUCCUCGGCAUAUGCGUUACGGAUAAAUUGUUAUUACGUUACGUUAUUCAGUAUUAUGUAGAUCAUUCAUGUAACUGUGUCAAGCGCUCAAUGAUAUUGUUAUAACAUUAUUGAAUUCAAAUACUACCUAUUAUUAAAUAAAACACUUAUAUAUUUCCUGAAUGUUCUGUUAUUGUACUAAUAUAGGAGUCUUCCCCAUUUACUUUACAAUAUUUUUCGACCAUUAUCUAUUAUUUUAUCAAUUUAUGUAAGGAUAUCUAAAAAGUUUACGCAAGAUUUAAUCUUCCGAUUUGAUUGUUUCAUUAUUACCACAAAAUUAUGUCCGGCUUAAGAAAUGUUUGUAAUAUCUAGAGCGAACUACAUGUUUUAGUAUUUGCCUAUACAUGACUACAAUUUAUAAUACUUAUUAACAAUGUUGCCAUUUUCUUUAAGUAAUUAUGUAAUAUUUUUUAUAGUUAAUUAUUUGUAACUAUCAGUUUAGGUUAAUGGUAUGCGAUUUUUUGACAUUCCCGUGCAACAUCGGAAGUACCAGUUGCGGUCAGUGUUACAGUAGUGUGUGUACAUUCGUCCGUUAUAUUUGUUAACACCAGUCGUUGUGUUUGCUCAUAGUUAGUCUAGUAUAGAGACCUUAGUGUCAUUGGGACCCAAGGGUCGGGAGUGAAGACCACCGCGCGAGGAUUAGUCGAUUGCAAAACUGUUGGAAGGUUCGUUGCCUAGCCCGGCAGCAUCAAUUUUGAAAAGUGAUAUUUUAAAGUAAUGUUUAUAAAUUAGUUAUAUUUAUUGCGAAUCUAUUUUUAUAGAUUCACUAUCACACCGUUGUAUUUUAUCCCGAUUUUAUUUAUAUGUCAUGUUCAUUAAGUUCAUUAUUUAGCUCUUCAGUAUUUGACACAGAAUAUAACAUUUAUUAGGAUUAAAAGUAGUACUAGUUAAAUGAUGAGAUUAGAUUUUAUAGUUAUAUCUUUGCGGGUAAUUUAUUUAUCUAAAUGGAGAAAUGUAUACAAUAUAACGUAUAUUACACUAAAAUGAUGGACAAGAUUUGUAAGAAUUGUUAAAAUCUUGCCAGUAAUUUAUGGCGUUUCAGUGUUUGAUGUAAUAUUGGCAAAAUGUAAUAAUAACAUAACAUAUUAUAAUGUCAUUGUGAUAAAGUUAGAAUAUUAUAUACUGUCGAUGCAGUGGCCUGUGCACAUGCAUCAUAUUUUAAACGUAAAUUUAGUUUCUUAGCUACUUGUUUAUUUUUUUAUUUUGCAUAAUAAAUUACUUUAGUCAUUUAUUUUACUUAUCUCAAUGCAUUAAUCAAUAAAUAAAUAAAUAUGAUUAUACAAGGCCUCUAAACGAUAACAUUAUUAAAUGUACUUUAUAUUGCACAUAUGAUCUAAGAUCUUUACUGUCAUAUAUUUCACGAGUCCUAUGUCGCUAUUAUGGUAAUAUUGAGCGUAAUUUCAAUUAAUUCAUCGUGUCAUCAUUGUCGUAAUUGGACCCCAUUGUAUCGUUUCUGGCAUACAAAAGACAAUACCUAGAUCUAAUAUUAGAUGUAUGAUAGGUUCAUAAAUAUAAUUGUUCAAUCUUCAAAUGUCUCUUAAUGUAAGUAUUUUGAGUAAUAAUACAUCAGUGUUACAAAAAUGUAAUAUUUCAGUGUUAUAAAUGUGCGUUGCAUGGACGGCCUCGGCGUUCGCUGCCAAGGCAACAAAUGUCUACGAUUUCUCAUUAUAAAUGCAAUUAACUGACCUCGGAAGGUAUAAACUUAACGUAACAGAAUUGAUAGACUGUUGUUGUAUUUAAAUAUUCUAAAGAUUGAAGGCGAUUGGUGUAACCAAUUUGACAGAAAUGGAAAUAAUGACCCAUUGUAUGUUUUGGAUCAAUGUUGCUUUACAUGGCUACGUAAUCUGUUUUGGGAUUUGUUAUGCUUGUUGUCUAUGAGUGCACUAGAAAGCAGCUACUUCCUAUGGCAGGUUUUAUUCGCAUGCUCUUAGAAUAAAAUAUUCCUUGUAAAUUGUUUUACUCUUGUGAAAAGGCAGCAAGCAUUUAAAUAUUUCACUCAUUACUUGUAUUCGCGUUAGAAACUGGGCGAUUGGUGCGAAUACGUCUGUUGUGUGUAAUCUUGUUCAUGUUACUGUAAUCUUAUUACUGUAAUUGCAUAGAAUAAAUUGACGAUUUAUGGAAUGUAAUACAAAUAUUAUUGAUUUGUAUUAAAAUUUAUCCCGAAACUUAUUGCUCGUUUUCGCCUCCUAAUAAAAUGUUAACAAUUAAACAUUA